AAAAUAAGAGAAAACAUGCAGAUGAGCCAUAAACAAAACCAUUUUUUGUUUGGGGAGAUCUAGAGCAACAUUAAGCAUGCACAUGACUCUUCACAGUGAAGAGAAAACCCAUGUUUACCCACUCUCUCUCUCUCUCUCUCUCUCUCUCUCCAACUUUUCAGCGUUCUGUGAAGAAACAUUAAAAGAUUUUCCUAGGAAAGAAAGGCAGGGGCAUGGCUUUUAAGUACAGGACUGUCAACAUCGCUCACACCUCGGAAACAUGGAAACUGAUCUCCCAAAAUUAAUUAAUGAGAUUUACAGGGUGGUGGAUUAUAUGAAGACUGCAAAUGUAGAGAGAGAAAGUAUAAGAAAAAGUGCCAUGGCGGUGAUUGGAAGAAGGGGAAUUUCCAAGGCCCUUGUUGGGGUUUUCUUCAAUGCAAGAAGCGCAAUUUGAAUUGGGGGUGGCCUCUUUCGCUCUCCUCCAUGGUUUUUUUUUCUCUCUCCUCAAUGGCUUUUGCAGCUUACUUGCAAAUAGUAAAGUCUGUUAGAGAUGAGAAAUGAUCAAAGGUAGCCACUUUCCCUCACCUCAAAUCUUCUCUUGCUUCUCUUGUGUGGUCGUCUCUUUCUCUUGUUUCACUUUGUUUUAGCCUCGUUUUUUUCUUUUUUUUUCAAAUUGAGAACUCCUUACUCAAUCUAUUCCCUUGUUUUAUUGGCAUUUCCCUUUGAUUACCACAUAAACAUGGACUCUUUUUCGUCCUGUCUCAUUCAAUUUUCCCCCAUUUAAUGGUUAGAAAUUACUUCAAAUUGGGGUGAUUUUCAUUUGAUUUCUCUUUCAUUGGUUAUUUUAUGAUCUCCUCUUCAUAAUUCCAAGUUAUAAACCUCAUGAUUUUACACAACCAAAUUCUUUAGCAUUAGUUGACAUGAACAAGGAGCUAGAAAAUCUUAUUUUCAAUGAUACUCCAAAUGCACAUUUUUCACAGAUUUUGUCAGAUAAAGGCCUCAUGAUCUUAGUUAAACAAGAUUUGUUUUUGAGCUGUAUUUCCUCAAAGGAUUAAUGACCAUUUUUCUUUGAGUUUUUGAGCUAUACUCUCAAUAAGAUAUGAGUGCAUUAAGACCAGACCAUGAGAUUAAGAGAAUGAGAGGGUUUCAAGGGAAAAAAGGGGAAGAAGAAGAAGAAGAGACAGAAAAUGAAUGUGUUAAAUGCUCUGGUUCUUCUUGUGGGUCAUGCACAGCAGGCAUAGUUGUGGACUGUGUGGCCAUCUGUUGCUGCCCUUGCUCAGUCAUUGACAUUCUCUUUUUGGCUCUUGUCAAGGUUCCAUGGAUGGUUGGGGCGAAAUCCUUGAGGUUUUUGAAGAGGAAGAUUUGCAAAAGAAAAGGGGAUUUGGGGAUGAGAGAAAGAGAAUUAAAGCAAAGGAUUAGUUUCAGUGAUGAGAUUUCAACAGAGGUUUCAGAGUCUGGUGAGAGUGGGGAGAGGCUUUGUCCAUGGUUUGAGGCUGAGAAGGUGUUGAUGGAGUUGGUAGACGUUGGUCAUUUGGGAUUUGGUAGGGUCUCUUUUAAGGAAUUGAGGCAAUGACAAGAACAAGUCAAAGUUGUCUCUAUCUUGUGAUGCCUUUGCCUUUAAAAUUCUUUUUUUUGUUAUUUUAAGUGGAAUGGUGAAUACGUUUUUGUAUUUUUAGUGCUUAAUGUGUCCAUGAAUAUCGUUGAUAUGUGGAGGCAAUCUUAUCUUCAUAGAUUGAAUCUUUGAACAUUCAUCAUGUUUCGAGUCCUAGCCUAAGAAGGUUGUUAGUUAAUCAAACUAGGGGCGGCAAUGGGUCGGGUCGGA